GCAUCAUGCGGCCCAAAGCAGGGCAGGGGGAGGGGGAGAGGGAGGAGGAGGGGGAGAGGGAGAGAGAGGGAGAGGGGCUGGGGGAGGAAGAAGGAGAGGGAGAGAGAGAGGGAGAGGGACAAACGGAGGGGGAGGGAGAGGGAGAGGGAGAGGGGGAGAGAGAGGAAGAGGGGGAGGGAGAGGGAGAGGGAGAGGGGGAGGGAGAGGGAGAGGGAGAGGGGGAGGGAGAGGGAGAGGGGGAGGGAGAGGGAGAGGGGGAGGGAGAGGGAGAGGGGGAGAGAGAGGAAGAGGGGGAGGGAGAGGGGGAGGGAGAGGGAGAGGGGGAGGGAGAGGGAGAGGGAGAGGGGGAGGGAGAGGGAGAGGGGGAGGGAGAGGGAGAGGGGAGGGAGAGGGAGAGGGGGAGAGAGAGGGAGGGGGGAGGGAGAGGGAGAGGCGGAGGGAGAGGGAGAGGGGGAGGGAGAGGGAGAGGGGGAGGGAGAGGGGGAGGGGGAGAGAGAGGGAGAGGGGGGGGGAGAGGAAGAGGGGAGGGAGAGGGAGAGGGGAGGGAGAGGGAGAGGGGGAGAGAGUGGGAGAGGGAGAGGGAGAGGGAGAGGGGGAGGGAGAGGGAGAGGGGGGGGGAGAGGGAGAAGGGGAGGGAGAGGGAGAGGGAGAGGGAGAGAGGGAGGCAGAUUCAAGAGGCCUACUCACAGUGGUGAUGGUGGAGUUCUCUAUGAGCGCAUCGCAG